AUGCCUGAAAGGAAGAGAGACAUGAUUGCCCGAGGGCAGAAACAUAGAGUCCCGCUAGGAACUGCCAUCCUCGUUGGACUGCGAGCCCUUGAUCCAUUACUGCAGGGACAUCUUCUGCUCAACUCUCCACUGCCUCAGCUGGCGACCAUUUUUGGUCUGCCUCCACCAGGACCUCCGCCAGCGGGCGGACUCCCCCUCGCUGGUACCAGUAUGACGCCAUAUCAGAGCCUGAUACUGGGGUUCUCUCUCGCAUCGGCCUUCAAACACAUUCUAUGGGCCGUGUACAUCAACAAUGAGCCAAUCUAUCCCGGACCUGCUAUCGGAAUUGGUGUCUUCAAUGCGAUUCUCAACACAUUCAACACGCUGGCUUACAACGCUGGCGCGGAGAACCCGACCUAUUUCCCUUCUUGGAGUAUCUACAUCGGAACGGCAUUGUUUAUAGGGGGAAUUCUGAUUGAAACGAUGGGUGAGCUCCAAACGGAAAGCUUGCAAGGACGACCCCCGCAACGAAGGGAAAAUUUACCAGGGUGGACUGUUUUCUGUGGUCCGCCAUGUGUCGUAUCUGGGCUACAGUCUGUGGCGGGCGGGUGCAGCACUGGCUUCCGGUGGGCCAAAGUCAAACGAGAAGUGCCCUACGCUCUGAUACCAGGAAUUUGGUGA